UGUUAAAAGCCCACAAAACAAACAAACACGGUGUUAUUAAAAAACAGCCGAUCACAAGAACUUAACAAAUCUCUCUCUAAUUUCACUCACUCGCCUCGAAAACACCAACUCGGUCUGACUCACCAAUGGAAGGCGUGGGGGCUCGACUCGGCCGAUCCUCGACUCGGUACGGCGGUCCAGCCACUGUUUUCACCGGUCCAGUUCGAAAGUGGAAGAAAAAGUGGGUCCACAUUGCCCCUUCUAACGCCGCUUCUUCUAAUCCACGUCAUUCUCAUUCUUUCACUAACGCUAAUGCUAACGGCGUUACUCACCUUAAGCUCUUCAAAUGGACUCCCUUGCUCAAUGCUAAUGCCCCUGAUCCCGAUCAGACGGAUGAUGACGAGCCGCCCCGCCGUAAAUUCAAAUAUGUCCCGAUUGCAUUACUGGAAGAGCAAAAAGAUGAAGCCAGUGAGCAGGUUGAGGAUGAAGCUGCAGAACAGGUUGAGGAUGAAGCCAAACCUAGUGAGACGAAUAUCGUGGCAACAGAUUUGAACUCUAAAGCUGAUGAUGUUGAUGAAAAGCCCGACAUUAACAAUGUGCCAAUGGAAGAGAAUGAGACUCCAGAGAAUCCACUAGGGCGACAAGAUUUGAAUGAGAGCACUGUGGAUUUAGGUAUAAAUCUGAACUCCCGUGAUGGUGAAAAUGAUUCGGAUUCAAUGAAUGAUCAGAUCAAAGAUGGUGAGCCUGAAACAUUAGAUUCUGUGAAGGCUUAGGCCUCAGGGCCAGAAAAGUUGAUGUUGGCAGUUUAUAGUUUAAAGAAAGGAGACCUUACAGGCGUAUAGAAAAUGAGGCAAUUUUUAGAGAAGUUUUGCCAUUGACUUCCAUGAUUUGUACUGAGUUGCAUCAAGCAAAGUCAAGUUCCCGACAGAUGGGACUUUUUCUUCAUGUGAUGCUCCGUUCUUGAGGUUAUUCAGUUCGAUAUACAAAUCCUUGUAACAGAUGGAUCCAACCAAUAUUUUCUUCGAUUGAACAGAUCUGGUGAGUUGAUGAACUCAUUAAAAUUAGACAUUUUUUUUAUUGACAGAUAAUUUAAUGAAACAUGUUUUGAGCAACAAGGUUUGCUAGUGGUACCUUAACUAAUUCUGUUUAAUCAAAAAUGAUGCUUCAAUUGCUUGUAA